AGGCACACUCCCACCGACAACCACCUAAACGACUAGCCAAACAGAUUUCCCUGUUUAUAGACCUUCGUCACUGUACAGAGUUCAAAGGACAUCUGGCUUCUCUCACAAACCCUUCACCUUGCUGUCCGAGGCUCGGCUAGCCGUGCUAUCGUUUGCUCACCGCUGGGAAGCACGGAACAGUCUCUUUUUUAUUUCUGUGUGGAUAAAUAGGCAGUUAAAUUCUCACUGGAUGGCAGAGAGUGUCCGUCGUAAGCCCGGAGAGGACACUGUGAUUUUCGGUCGCAAAGCCUUGGUGGAUAUUUAAAAGAAAUGGCAGGCAGCAGAGCGCGGACGGUAUCUCACUGGUCAUCCUGAAAUUUGGGCCGAAAAAGAAACAAGCAAUGGACUGCUCAGGCUUUGAGGUGGGGAUUUAAAUGUGACUGAGUUUGUGCUUGCUGAACAGACACCUCUGGGAAUGUUCUUUGGACUCCGGCAUGUUUAACUAUGCAGUAAUCAUUCCAGCAAGGUGUUUUAUCAAUGCUUUACAACUACUGUAAAUAUCGAUCUGGGGGAGUGCUGCCCGGUUGCUGUGAUUUCCUCAUUCUUGAUUAAACAAGGGCUGAAGGAGUGGAAUAUUUUCACAGCUUUGGAAAAGCACAGGCUUGCCUCUUAUGGGAUUUUUCAAAAAAAGAAGUGUUUAGGCUUAUGUAUGCUGGCUUUGACGAGAAGAUACAAGAACUAAACAGAAUGGGGAGUCGUUAACGUCCACAUCCACCAUGGCUAUCUUCCUCAUGGACAACACCAGUGAACCAGGUGAUGUGGAUAAAGCCAGUAACUGGUCUGGACCGACCGAUGUUGAGCGAAUACUGGUACCCAUUCUGGACUCCUUCAUCCUGGUGACAGGGGUGGUGGGACACGUCCUGGUCUUCAUCAUCAUCUGCCAGAUGCUGAAGGGAGGGCGCCGGCAGACGAAUGGCACUACAACAGGAGGGCUCCAACAAACAAACGCUAACGGGACGGACAUUCUCCUCCUGUCGUUAAGUGUGGCGGACCUCCUCCUGCUCUCCUGCAUCCCGUACCAAACGGUUGCCAUCGCCACGCGCCACUGGCCGUUCGGCGACUUCAUGUGCAAGGCUGUGAGCUUCUUAGGAGCCAUGUGCACCUCCGCUAGCGCCUUCACGCUUGCUGCCCUGGCCUUCAGCCGCUAUGUUACAGUGGUUCAUCCCACCAAGGCGUACCGCUGGCGUAGGGAUGGGCGCAUAAAAGUGGCCACGGGGGUUCUGUGGGUGCCAGCCAUUGUGUUGGCAAGUCCUCAGUUUGCCUGGAGGACUCUGGUGCCUGGGACCGAAACACACGAGGCCCGAGAGGACCUGAUAUGUUUCAACUUCUUGUCAGACACCGGCCAGCUAGCAUACAGUGUUUGCCAUUUUUUAUUUGCGUUCGCUUUCCCAUUAGUGGUCAUCGUGGUAGCUUACGGGAAUAUCUACUACUUCCUGAGAAAGGCCAGACGAGGCCGGAUGAGCCAAACCGACCGCCUGGAACACUAUCAGACGCAGGUGACCCACACGUCUGUUUUGCUCGUGCUGGCUUUCGCGCUCUGCUGGCUGCCCUCCUACAGCCUGAUGUUUGCCCAACUUGCAUAUCAGCCAGCGGCGACAGGGAACUCACCGCGUUAUGGACCUUUCGCCACCUUCGCCCGGGUCAUGUCCAUUUCUUCUACUGUUGUGAACCCCAUCCUGUACGUCUUCAUGUCGCAAAAGUUCAGAAAGGAACUCAAAAAACUCAUGGGCAGAAAAAGCUGUGGCGAGCAACCUUCUUAAAAAAGAUUACUAUUACUGUAAUUAUUACUGUCUUCCACAGAAGUGAGCUUACUUCAAGGUAUACGAUGUGUCUUGUCAAAAUUUCUACAUAAUUAAGUGGUUAAGAUGUAAACAGAGUCAUUCAGAGUGGUUUGGUGUGAAACACUCCGUUCCAGAGAAACUUAGAGCCAGAAUUGUUCACAGUGGUGGUGAUAGGAACCAGACAUCCACCUCUAAAAGCUCCCUCACAGAAAGUUAUUACAAGAAAUGGUUCUGAAUACACUGCCUGAUGUCUGAGACGUUGAUUUUUAUGAGAGUUUUGAAGAAGGUUUUCGUCUAAAAUGUACUUUUAAACUCCAUUAAUGGUGGAGGGAUGCAUGCAGGGUGUUGUGAAGCAAAAUAGUCCCCAAAGAACCCUAAUUUUUUCAGAUUUUCCACUAUUUUACCAUCGUCAACAUUCCAUAUAAAACUCAGAAACCCAUCCAAACGUCAUAAAAGGAUAUCAGGCAAGACAAAGACAGGACACAGGCCCUUUAACAAAGUGUUUAGUUAUUUGAACAAAGUUAGAAUGAAGCUGUAGAAGGCCUGAAAAUUCUUUGCGUUGUUUUAGGCUCCAUAAAAGUCACAAUUACCCUCCACAAGUGUUUUAUUUUGUCAGAAGGAAAACAAUAAAAGCAGCCAGAAAUCAUCCCUCGCUCUGUUUUCCUCCUCUCUGAGUCUCAGUAGCGCUUUAUUUGAGAGAAUGAUCUGUUUGUUUUUACAUUGAACAAAAGAACUGGCUGUGAGAUCCUCCCUGCACCUCCCUGCUCCGUCUGUGUGAGAGUUUCUGUGGCUUUGAGUCAGACUCUCUCCAGCCUACAGAGGAUGUGUACUGUGUACGAGUCACAUCUACAAUGAGCGUAACAUUGUAGACACACCGAAAGACAAACCUGGUGUUCAGUAAGGCUUAAAGGGCCCAAAUCAUUGUAAUGUAAAAGAGUUUGAUGUAAUAUGGAAACAAUGUUAACGUUUAUAUUGUACCACUCACUCCCUAUUUCAUACAUGGAAAUACAUGGAAACUAAGCGGUGAGAAAA